CCCAUACAAGGUAGAAUGAAACGACGCGGUUUGAUUAGUUUCCUGGCAAAAUCCCAGAGAGGAAAGAAAAGGGAGAGAAGAGGUGAGGAAAUGGCAGGAGCAGACAAUACAGAUGCCAUAAUAACAAGAAUCGAGCAUAAAUCCAGAAAGAUCGAAAGCCUUCUGAAACAGUCUAAGCCAGUCGAAGCUCUGAAAACCGCGCUGGAAGGAUCGCUUCCCAUGACUCGAGAUGAGCGCUGCAAGUCUGCGAACUGGAUUGUGGUUCAUAGAGCUCUUAUGGCGAUUAAGGAUGUGGAUGCUAUGUUCUCUUCUCUGGAUCCCGAAUACUACGAUAUUCUAAUGAAGUACUUGUAUAGAGGCUUGUCAACCGGAGAUCGCCCAACGUGUGACCAGUGCCUUAGGAUUCAUGAGAAGUUGACAGAGAGAGCUGGUUUGGGAUGCAUACUCCGUUCCCUUUCAGACACUGUAAAUACAGUUUGAUUCCCAUCACUAUGGGAGUGAUAGUAAAGAAGGCUUCCAUUUAAUGAAUUUCACUAGAGCUAUCCUCUUAAGACAUUAUGGUAAUUAUAAUCAUAGUCACAAAGGUGUUUCCAGAUAUUUGUAUUUUCUUUAGACUCUGAUUCAUUGAGCUGCAUUUCUUUCCAAUGAACAUGUUGAGGAUUGCGGUAAGAAAAUUUUCUGUACUCAUUUGGGAAAAAAGAAUAUUGUAACAAACUUCUUAAAGGUAGGGCUGUGAGUCAAUAUUCUAUAAAUAAAGAUCAUAGCUAAGAGAAAGAGAGGGGUACCAGAAGAAAUUUUUACUCCCAAA